CUCGGCGACGGACCACGACGAACGCCGCUGUUCAAAUACAUUCGAACUUCGAACUAAUUUCUGUUACUUUUAAACUUGUGUCAGUGUUGCAAGCUGUAUAAACUCUACAAUGAAGAUUUUCGUUUUUCUCGCUCUCGCGCUAUGCGCAUACGCAGCCGAAAUGAAGGAGACAGAAAAAGCAGCAGAGCCCGCGUUGAACAAGGACAAGAGACAGACGCAAGAGUUCGCACACGUCGGAUAUAGGACAGCACGCAAACAGGAACAAGUAGCACCGGUCGAGGAGCCUCAGGACGAUGACAAACCAAUCAGUCGCAACGACAACGAGCAGUAUCGUCCAGGACAGGUGUUCUCCCUGAACACCCAGGAACUGCUGGAGCUGCAGCCGGAGAGGAAGUCACCACUCUCCAGCAACCAGCUGUUGCAGCAGUUAUACCGUCCCCAGCAAGAACAGAAGCAGAACCUCCAGCAGAUAUAUUACUUGGAACCCCAAACUCCUCGCCAGGUGUCAUACCAGCCAUCUUCUCAUGCCGUCAUCGCGCGUCCUGACUACUCUUCGAACGGUGGGGAAGCUUCAGUAGGAGCCGCUUUGUCCGUCAGUGACUCAGGAUCGAACCCCAGCGCAUACAAUCAAGAUUUCUUGGCCUUGCUCGGGCAACCACCCUUGAGAUCGUCUGAAGAACCCCUUCAACAAUUAUACUCCCAACCCCAACCAGUCCAGCAAAUUCAGCAAGUGCAGCAGUCCUCCAAUGUACAGAGCGUGGCACCUCAAUAUCAGCAGGUCGAUCGUUACGUCACAAAGCCAAGCAAGAAAUCGAAGCUGAGAAACAAGGUUCAAGUGGCGCCUCCCCAGCCUUCUGCUGCUCCUCAACAGUACCUAAUCGAGACCACGAACGUUCAACAACAACAACAACAACCACAGUCUAUUCAGCAGUCGCCUCUGUACAAUCAACCUCUUCAGCCUCAAAGAGUACCCCAAGCUUUACGCUACGUCCAAGUCCCACAAAGUCAAGCUGCGUCCCAACAAGUUUUAUACGAACGUCCUGAAUCACAGGGCUUGAAGGUAGUUCCCGCUCCUAAACUGCAGCAAAUCCCACAACAACUACCCAGGGCUCAAGUCAGCUAUAGAAUAGUGCCUCAAUACCAACAACAACCUGAAGCCACACCAAAACAAUAUAGAAUCUACGAAGCCCCGAGACAAGUUGUUAGACCACAAGAACAGCGUCUGUCUAGCCAGAGCAUUGAACGACCUGUCGCAUAUUUGAAACGAUUCCCCGACGUCGACAAAAUGCGAACUUUGAAAAUCUACAAUCCCUCUGAAGGUGCACCUCAACCAAGUCAACAACCUGGACAACCUCAACUCAUCGGCGAUCAGUACUACCUUCGUCCAUUGUACCGACCCAUUGAACAGCAACGAGCACGCUACGAUGUGUCUGCUCAAAUUAAGCCCGAGCAAUCAAGAGUGUCCGAAUCAGCAAAAGCACCGCAGUCAUCGAUUUACGUGAGCAAAAAUGUAGUUCCUAGAAAACCAGUGAGGCCACAACAACUGUACAGGGAACAACAGCCCUCAAGUGUCGAACAAGUAAGCCUGGAGCAACAUGGACAGAGUUUGGAGGAACAGAGAGCGCAACUGCCUCCUCCUAAGAACAACAAGGCCUAUACUCCUGAGGAGUUCGCAGCCUUGGUAGCAGCAGGCUACUCUGUUACCCCUGUACCAGUUAGCGCAAGCGCGAUCAACCUUCAAGAGGCGCAGUCUAGAUCGUCAGUGGAAUCAGUGACGAUGCAUCCAAAACGCCGACCGAUCAUGGCACCCCGACGUCACCAAUAUCUGCCCCUUAGAGGAGAUGAUGCGCCUUAGAAAUAAUGACCCUGCUGUAAAUAGGUUACUUUUAGUAUUGUAAAAUAAAACUAAGUGAUAUUCGUUUAAA